AUGCGCGCAGGACAGGUCGCCAUCAUCACCGCCGGCGCUGCCGUUACCGGCAUCCUCGGAUACGCCAUCUACUUUGACUACAUGCGUCGUAACUCGCCUCAGUUCCGGAAGGGCUUGCGGAAGCAGCAGAAGAAGGUGGCUGCCCGCGCCGAGGCCAAGGCCCAGGAGCAGGCUGUCCGGGACCAGAGGGAACUCACCCUCGCCCUUGUCGAGCUCGAGCUCGAGCAGCCCCCCUCCACGCCUGAGGAGAUGGAGGCCUACUUCCAGGAGCACGUCGCGACCGCCGAGGGCCUCGCCGCCCAGGGUCCCGAGCACUACGUCAAGGCUGCUACGCACUUUUACCGCGCUCUCCGCGUCUACCCCCAGCCCGUCGAGCUCCUCAUGAUCUACCAGAAGGUCUGCCCCGAGCCGGUCUUCCAGCUCGUGCUCAAGCUCACGCAGCUCUCGUCGGCUGCCAACGCCGGCGGAGCUGCUGCCGUCCAGCGGGUCGCUACCGGCGCUGGCGUGACUGCCAUUGAGGAGGAAGACAGCAUCGACGAGGCCGCGCCCACGCCCGCUGCGCCCGCCGCUCCGGUGGCUCCUGAGGAGCCUGUUUCGCCCACUUCCAAGCCCGAGGAAGUGAAGGCGGAUGAGGCGGAGAAGAAGGAGGACACGGACGAGGAGAAGGAGGACACAGCGAGCCACCCGUCGAGCGGGGCGUCGUGGGAGAAGGUCGCCGAGGACAACUAG